GAAAUAGAGCAAAGAGAACAUAGUAGGUUUCCCUCCAAUCGUUUUCCUGAGGCCUCAAAACCGAACCAACUCUGAUACUGCUAUGUUUCACUGUGAAGGAAGACCGAACGCGAAGCGUAAGCCUUCUCUGCACAAUAAAUUAGGGUUUCAGCAUUGAACAGACUCUUCCUCCCACCCCAAAGAGAAAGCCUUGGUUUAGAUGAGUUGGUCUGAACAAUGGGUUCUGAUUCCAAUUUGGGAGGGACACCCUCAACAUCCUCGCCCAGUGCCAAGCGCACCAGAGAUCCUGAAGAGGAAGUUUACCUCGACAAUCUUCGCUCCCACAAACGUUACCUAAGCGAGAUAAUGGCAUCCAGUCUCAAUGGAUUGACAGUUGGGGACUCGCUUCCUGAUAAUCUCAUGGAAUCUCCGGCAAGGUCUGAAAGCGUGUUCUCUUUCAGAGAUGAUAUAUCUUUACAAUAUUCACCUAUGUCAGAAGAUUCAGAUGACUUGAGGUUUUGUGAGACUCCUGUGCACAGUUGUUCGUCCCAGCCCGACAGUCUUCCCAGUAGUCCAGUUUCUUCUCCACAUAGGUACCAUAAGUCGCAGAAUGUAUUAUCUUCGGCACCUUCCUCAAGUUCAAAUGCUUCUCAUGGCUCAACCGUUUCCGCUGCAACUUGCCCCCAGCCUCGUCAGCGAGGGUCAGAUUCUGAAGGUCGCUUCCCAUCAUCUCCAAGUGAUAUAUGCCACUCAGCUGACUUGAGAAGAGCUGCACUUCUAAGAUCUGUGCAGAUGAGAACACAACCAUCCUCUGCAUCUUUGGACCUGCCUUUUGGUUCUAACCAAGACCCUGCUCCUAACAUAGAUCCUGAGGAAAGAUCAUGCUCAUAUAUAAAAUCUCUAGUUGAUGAGAGAGAGUACUGAAAGGAAUGGUGUUAAGUAGCAUUGCAUUGUGUCAAUCCAGUGUCUCCAAUGCGAGAUGGUUGCUUGUGUUAGCUAUGGCCAAAAUGUGUUCGUCUUUUAUCUUAUGACCCAGUUCUAUGUAGUAAAUAGUUGUAUGGCUUCGGAAUUUUACCUUACUAA